AUGGAAGAAGUGGUUAAGACUUUCCCUCCCAACAUCAUUGCGGAGGCUAGGAUGAAGACUGCUCAAGUGUUUGUGUUCGUUUGGAUGAACGUGUGUACCAUGACUGAACAUAGUGAAGUCAAUGUUGAUCAAGACGUGGCGGGCAUAACGAACAAUCCGGAUACAUCAACGACUGCGAUUGGUCCAAUACAACCUGAUUCAGUAGAUCGUGAGUUUUCCAAACCUUCAUUCUUGACACAGUUCAUAGAAAUGUACCAAAGCCUUCCCUGUUUGUGGCAAGUUUCGUCGAAAGACUAUUCGAACAACAUUGCAAAGAGAAACGCUUAUGAUCAGAUGACACAACUAUGUAUCAAAGUGAACCCCAAUGCCAACGUAGACUGGGUAAAGAAAAAAAUUAAAAGUAUUAGAACAGUUUUUCGAAAGGAGGUGAAAAAAGUAGAGGGUUCGAAGAAGUCUGGGGCAGGUGUUGAUAGUAUUUAUGUGCCCAAGUUGUGGUAUUAUGAUAAACUGAUGUUUACACUGGACGAGACUGUUCCUAGACAAUCGCUAUCUAGCAUUGAGAUUGAGGCUGAACCCGACCCGGAUGAUCCAAGCACACCUGUUGACCCUUCAACAAAUGAAGAAAAUGGUGCAACUGAAGCAGAACCGACCAAAAUACAAGAGGACAUCGAGACACGAAAGUGUUCAGGAUUGAAGCCAGCAGGAAAAAAAAGACAACAGAAGAUCAAUGAUGCUAUUGAAAAGAAGCGUUUGCAGCAGCAGGAAGAGGCUCUUGGUUUGGCUAUGGACGUUUUAAAGAAACCCAAGACGAGUGAUAUGGACGAGUUCUCUGCAAUUGGGUUUACUGUAUCAAAUAAACUGAAAAAUAUGGAGAACGGUCAGAGGUUGUUAUCAGAGCUCCUGAUCAACAAAGUGCUUUAUUUUGGCAUGACGGGCCAGCUGACUGAAAGCACCGAUGUAUCACUGAACAAACAAGCCUAUGGUAAUUUCGAAAGGGUCAAUUAUGGAGAUAAUCGUCGAGGCGAUUUCCACAGAGGAUUCAGCCACAGCCCUUCGCCAUCAUCCUACUUGUCUGCAGGCUCAUCUUACUUGUCUUCAGGGUCAGCAAACCCACUACCCUCUGAUACAGACAGCGAGCUUGGCACGUAUUGGAAUAUGCAGUAA